UGAUGGCUAGUGAUCAAGAGGGAGGAAGAGUGUAGAGUGGUGUGAAAUAUAAGAAUAAGAAGGUGGUAGUGAACCAACGACCUGCUGUUUAUUUACGUGUGGCAGCCAAGUCUUACUCUCCUGGUUAAUUAUUACAAUAUUUCUCACUCUGCACAACACCGCUGUAUGAUGGCCUCACGUCCAAAUACCCGAGGCUUAACAACUCGAAACCAAGUGAACAAGAAAGUACAAGUUGUGAAGAUUCACAAUGAGAACUCCAAUCGUCCACCAUUACCUGGAAAACCCAGCUCAAGCUUUCUCCGUGAUACUACAAAUAAAGUGCUAAGGCUGAAACGUAAGGCUGAAGGUGCUCCUGAGGAAGAGAAGGUCACCAAAAAGAGGUCUGCUUUUGGUGAUCUUACAAAUGCAAUUGAGAAAAAGAUUAAUGAUGGUAAGAAGAUCUCAACACAGAAGGGAAGGCUGGUGCGCUCAGGAUCCACAGUAUCUCUGCACAAGGUGGCCAAACAACCCAUUAAAAAUGCUGUUCAACCAUUAUCUAUUAAAAUAGCUGCACCUGAACUUCCUGUCAUCAAAGCUGAUCAGACAAAGGUGGCAUCAUUCUGUGACACGCUUCCCAGCUCGCUAGAGAGAGAUUUUCUCCAGGAGAUCCCCAAGACUGAUCUUGACGAUUCUGCUGCCUAUGUGACAGCCUCUGAAGGAAGCCCACUGAUAACAAGAUCUUCAUUAUUAAAUAAAGUGGAAGAGAAGCCUCGGUUGCCAGAUGGGGUGGAAGAUUAUGAUGAGGAGAUGGUGGGCGACCCUUUUGCCAUCUCCAUUUAUGCUUCUGAUAUUUUCAUUUACUACAAAGAAAGAGAAAAAAACUUUCAGAUUGACAAGUAUAUUGAACGACAACCAGAUGUAUCUCGGAGCAUGAGAGCAAUCUUGAUUGACUGGAUGGUUGAGGUUCAGGAAUCAUUUGAACUGAAUCAUGAAACCCUUUACCUUGCUGUAAAAUUAGUGGAUCUAUACCUGUCCAGAGUUGUAAUAAAGCGUGAUGUCCUGCAAUUAAUUGGAUCAACAGCCAUGUUCAUUGCUUGUAAAUUUGAUGAAAGGACCCCACCCUAUGUUGAUGACUUCCUGUACAUCUGUGAUGAUGCGUAUAAGAGGAAGGAGCUAAUAUCUAUGGAGAUAAAGAUUCUUAAAGUGGUCGGCUUUGACUUGGGAAUUCCGCUUUCCUAUAGAUUUUUACGAAGAUAUGCCAGGUGUGCCAAGGUGAACAUGGAGGACCUUACGUUUACUCGCUACAUCUUAGAGAUGAGUUUAAUGGAUUAUGAACUGGUAGAUUUGGCAGAUUCUGCUCUUGCAGCUGCUGCUCUUCUGCUAACCAGAAUCAUUAAAGGAGAGCCCACUUGGACCCCCACAUUACAAUAUUACUCAGGAUAUCAAAUGCAGGAUCUGUACCAUACGGUUCAUUUACUCCAUAGCAUGAUUUGCCAGCCACCCAAAGAACACUUGAAGACUAUCAGGAAUAAAUACUCACACAAAGUCUUCUUUGAAGUGGCAAAAAUCCCCAUUCCAGAGAAGCUAGAAUUCUAAGGUAAGAUAUAUGGAACCUGCUGGAGAUUGUGUACAAAUAUUUCUUUUUAAGUGUUGACAAAAACUGGCUUAAAGCCAUAUUAUCACAUUACUGACUUGAGUGGUACUAGACCACAGGAGACAGUUUUGUGAUCAUAAGUACAGAUUAUGUAUUUUGUGAUUGUUCUCAUGGUGACAUGAUGUUCUCACUCUUAACUUAAGCUGUUAUGAUUAAGCAACAGAUGCAUAUCACAUCUUUUAGUUUUUUCUGUACCAAUUCAUGGUAUCCAUUCUUUUUAUUCAGUGUUGGCGACUGAGUGAAUGUUGUAGAUAUACUGUAAAUAUAUGUAGUUAAGGUAUUAUAUAAGGUCUUAAAACUCAUUGCUCAUUUUUACAAAAAUACUUUUACUGUACUCAUGACCCAUUUAUGAUAUCCGUCUAGCGUAAGACUUGUCCUGAAGAUAAUACUUUUUGUAAUGUGUUGAUCACUGGAUUAAAAAUGUAUUAAAAGACAAACAUUCACAGUUACACAGUAUUUGAUUUACCUGUUUGUACCUGUUAAUUGUUCUGGGGAUAAUCAUCCCCAGUGACUUGCAAACUUUGUAGUAAUGGCAUGGUUUAAACUUGAGAAUUGGGUAAAUAAUCCUUAAAACAGAUAGAUAAGCUGCAAUAGAGAUAACAUUAAUCUAGAUGGGUAUAAUGAUGGUAAUGCUUUUGGUAAUAAAAAUGCUUAGCAAAAAUGUGUACAUGUAAGAAGCAUUAAAGAUAACCAUGGAGAUUGCUAAAAAAAUAAUGCAUCAUAAUUUGUAAACAUCAGUUCCCUUACUUAUAAUGUUGUAUUGAGGUCUUCUAGUGCCCAACUUCUCGCUUAAAAAGUCAAUAAAAAUUAUAUAAAAUUCUUUAUUUUGAUAAAUUUGCUGAAAUAUACUAGCUAACAAAAAUGACAUAGUACUAGACUUCAGAUUCAAAUGUAAAUUAGUUAAACAAAUUUGUAUACGAUUACAAAGACGGUACUUUUUGGUGAGCAAAGUACUUGUUGAACCUGUGACUGACUUAGGGAUAAAUCUGAUUUACAAUGUUGCCAUAAAUGAAAAUAGCAUAGGCAGGCCCCGCUUAUACAGCAGUUUAGGUUCUGGGCUACUGCUGUAAAGUGAAUUUUUUUUUUUUUACUUUCAUAUGCAUAUAAAAAACCUGAUUUCGUGUUGACACUAUCACUUAUUAAAUGAGCAAGAGCUAGGCCUAAAAAUGGCAUAUACGCACAUUAUACACAUUAUGUACUUACCUCAAAAUAUUUCUGUCCUAAGAUUAUAGUGAGUGGUGAAUAUAUUUAUUGUAGGUCGUCUGAAUAAAUGAAGAAUGGGUAUAACUGAAAAAUGCUGUACGUAUUAGUGAAACACUGUAAAGUGGGGCCUGCUUGUAUUUGCCUGAACUGAAAUUAUCCCUUAACCCAUAAAUGGUCCAAACGUAUAUAAAUGUUUAUUCAACAUUUGAAAGUAUGUAAUUUUUUUUUUUUUUUUUUUUUUGUACAUUUGAAAACGUGUAAAAAAAACUGAUCUACUUUUGGAGCGCUAUGCAUGCGAACAUAGACCUGCAUGGACCGUUUACGGGUUAAGUUAAUAUAAAAUUAAAUUUCGAUUCUUUUUCUGAACUCUUCAUACACCAGCUGACCAUUUUCACAUUUUUAUAAUAGGGAAGGAGGUUACUAAAUCUAUUAAGUCAUACAGCAUGUAGAGAAUAAUGGGUAAUUAGGAUUGAUCAAAGGAGGACGACAGAUCAAACUCCUUGGAUCAAGAGCGCCUCACUGGUAUCUAGGAAUCUCCCUUGAGGGGUGAUCUAUCUUGUGUACUGUAGGUACAUGGAUGUUACUGUUAUGGGUUGUAGCUUUGCUACAACCUAGACAAAGCUUCCUGUUAAAAAUUGGCAGUUAUGUUUUCAUGGCUGCUGUUGUACUACCACUUUUAUAUUUUGACACGUUUAAACAUUAUAGGUAAAUCUGUGGUCGACAUUUUUUAACACUGAAAUUCCUUGACAUACACGGUGGGAGGAGUAUGGAAAAACUAAAACCAAAUUAGAGCAACAUUCUAAAUCAGAUACUUAAUAUUUUCCUGAGAAUAUAAUAAUAAUUAUUAUCUAAAGAUAUUUUUGUGCAGAAUCCUCUCAAAAGGAGGUUCCUUAAAGCUAUUAAGGGGCUUGGUGCAAGAAACUGGACCUAUCUUCCACUUCCUUGAAUCAAGCCUGACUAUGCACCAGAUGAGCUGGCCCAGGGCUGGGCUGGAAGUAGGAAAACUCUUGAAAGCCUUCAAUGGUAUACUUUCUAUUCCCUAUGUGUAGUGUUCCCGCCCCCCUCCCCGUCCUACCUUUUUUAUUUUUUUUGAGUGAUAUCACUAUGUAACCAGUGUGUGAGGUAUAAAAGUGCGAUAAGUGUGAGGCAAGUUUUUUUUUUUUUAAUGUUGCAGUCAGGCAGCAGUGAAGAUGUCUAGUUUAAGGUCAGUGUACUGUGAAUAUUAUGUAUAGAAUAAAAGUGGAGGGGUGAGCUGAUUUAGCCAUUUAGAAAGGAUGGGACAAGAUUACUAAGUAACAUAUACUGUUGGUGUGGCCGGAAGGUCAUAUAUGGGACAUCCCAGGAAGGAUGUAAGGGGUAGAGAGAUUUAACAUAUUAGAAUGGAGAAGAGAAGUAUUUCUUCAUACUUGUUAUACUGGAGUGUAAACAAUAUAGCCUUUAUGAAUGAAUUUCAGAGACUGGUAAGCCAGACUAGUUUUGGAGGUGGGAACUAUUGUUGCACAUAAAAUUGUAAUUACUUUCUAUCAUUUUAAACUUUAAUUGGAAACUAAUCUAUUAUUGUAUAGUAUUUUCAUAAAUUAAAACUCGGCCUUUAACAAUUUGUCAUUAAGAAUUUAAUUUUUUUAUGUUUACCCAAAAAUGCUGUGCAUA